AUGCAGCCACCACAGCGCAUCCUGGCUGUUCUGCCGCCUACGAUCCGCACUAUUUUGUCCGAGGGACCGUCAAGCUCGAGCCAGACGGUGCACGCUUGGGUGCGGUCCAUACGAGCUCACAAGAAUGUGGCUUUUGCAGAGGUGGACGAUGGGACGGCGAGGGUGCAGGCUGUACUGAAGGGCAAAGGGAUGGAAGCGGGACUGACUCAGGGUUGUAGUGUAGCCCUAUCGGGAACGCUGCAGGCUAGUACGGGCAAAAAGCAGGCCGUGGAGUUCAUGGUGGAGACAGCGAAGACCAUAGGUGCCUGUGACCCCGAUGUAUAUCCUAUACAAAAGCAGCAGGUCCCUCCGGCGUAUCUGAGAGAUCAUGCGCAUUUGCGAUUCCGGACCGCGCGGACGGCAGCUAUCAUGCGCGUGAGGGAUAGCCUCAUGCGGGACUGGCACGAUUGGUUCGAGUCAAACGAGUUCGUCCAUAUACAUACGCCGAUUUUGACUAGCUCGGACUGCGAGGGCGCCGGGGAGGCGUUUGCCCUUGUCAACCCCAUCGUCAAUCACCCGACCUCCGCCUCCGCCCCGCAGUCAUCGUCAGCCUCGGCCGGACCCUCAUCCUCCCAGUCCACAUCGGACCGCUUCUUCCCCCAUCCCGUCAAUCUCACUGUCUCCUCCCAACUCCACCUCGAAUGCCCCACCCACGCUCUUCCACGCACAUACACCCUCUCUCCCGCCUUCCGCGCCGAACCCUCCCUUACUUCUCGACACCUCUCCGAGUUCUACAUGCUCGAAGCAGAGGUCGCUUUCGUGGAUACGCUAGACCAACUGCUCGACGCCGUCGAGAAGGGCAUGCGGGAGGUCCUCCAUCGAUUGAUGUGGGAGCAUGGGCGAGGGGAGCGGACGCGGAAAGAUCUGGAGAUUAUUCGGGAUCACGAGCCAGCGGACGACUACGGCUCUCCUCAUUUGGCAGCGGAACCGGAACGUCCAGCUUUGAGUCACCUGAUCAAUGCCGCUGCUCGCCCGUUUGCCCGGAUGACCUAUACCUCCGCCAUCAAGGCUCUACAAGCGGCGCAAGAGGAGAUUGAGGGUCGAUUCGAGCAUCCGCCGAUAUGGGGCCAGGGCUUGUCGAGCGAGCAUGAGCGUUACCUCGCCGCCCAAAACGGCGGACCAACAAUCAUCACGCAUUACCCCGCAGCAAUCAAGCCCUUCUAUAUGCUGCCGUCCUCGGCGGACCCGUCGUGGGCGGCGGAAGGAGGCGAACAGGGCGAGACGGUGGCGUGCUUCGAUCUCUUGUUGCCGGGGCUGGGAGAGCUGAUCGGCGGGUCAUUGAGGGAACAUCGAUUGGGACCGCUCGUGGCCGCAAUGAAGAAGGCGGGGCUGAAGAAGGAGGAGUACGAGUGGUAUCUUGAUUUGAGAAGGUUUGGGUCUGUCCCGCAUGGAGGAUGGGGGAUGGGGUGGGAGAGAUGGGUGUGCUGGGUCACGGGCGUGGCGAAUAUCAGGGAUGUGGUGGCUUUUCCAAGGUGGAAGGGAAACUGCAGGUAUUAG